AACACACUGCAUUCUUGCCAUUAGGCAGUACUUCACCCGGCGCAAGUUGUGUUCUUUUUGGAGGUUUGGAAGAAAGCAUUCUUCCUGAAUUUAGUGCUUUUUCUUGGAAACCCUAAACUUUUGAUUUUGGGAUGCUUGUCUGAAAGAGCAGACCAGUUUGAAGGACAGUGGUGCUGGUUCUUGCCAUCUCGGCGUGCUCCAUUUGCUAAGACUUUAUGGCUGAGAGCAUAGCAACAGCCCGCGCUGGAUCAUUGGUUUCAAAGCUUGAGUCCAAGAUAUGCUAUCAUAGGGAUGCAGCCCUCGAGUACAUGGAAAUCAAGGCCGUGGUUGGUGAGGUCAUAGAAGAGAAGGAGAUGCUCCAGCAUGAUUAUCAUGCACUGAAAGAUGAACUUGAGGCGGCAAAGAAAACGAUUGUGGAAGUAAACAAGGAGCUUGCAGCAGAAAAUGAGGAGACCUCUCUCAAUAAAAAGGAGUUGGAGCUUGUAAGGAAGAAGCUUCAAGACUGGGAAGCUAAGCAAAAUCUACCUGAGCUACAGAAUUGCUCUGCUUCUGAGCAUGUCCAGCCUAGUAAUAGUAAGCAGGGGCAGAAAAGAUCAAUGAGGCACCAGGAAGUGCCAUCUCAAGGACCUCUGGGAAUUGAUGCUGACAAGCCUGACCUGGCAGAAGAGCGUCCUGGGAGCAUGCUGGUAAACAACCCCAUUGUUGGCCAAACCUCAGUUGUUUCACCAAGCACAAAUGAUGACAUGGUGGCCCUGCGUGAACAUAUGAUCAAGCAAUUCCUUGAAAUCGAUAAAUACGGCGGGCGGAUCAUCGGGAUAAAGGAAAUGGGCAAACUGAAUGUGAAGGCAUUCGAGAUUGCUUGCGCUGAGAAGUUCCGUACCACAAAAGCCGCUGAUGCGUCAAGUAAGCUGUACUCACUGUGGCAGCAGCGGAUCACUGACGUAAGCUGGAAUCCCUUCAACACGGUCACGGUCGAGGGCAAUCAUCAGGAGGUUCUGAAUGUCAAUGAUGAUAAGUUGCAAGAACUGAAGAAGGAAUGGGGAGAAAGCCCCUACAAAGCUGUCAUCGAUGCGCUGAUGGAGAUGAAAGAGUACAACUGCCUAGGCGACAGGAGCACCGUCUAUGAGCUAUGGAACUACAGGGCGGACCGGAAAGCCACCCUAACGGAGUGUACUGAGUACAUGGCCGAUCGUGUGCAAGAACUCACAGCGGUCAAGCGCAGGAAGACUCGCAGGAGGAUAUGAUGGCUCCUGCAAGAUGCACUAGCAAGGAAAAGAGGUUGCCAGACCCCCUUUAGUAGUAGUUGAGCAGUAAAACUGUUGUGUGUGUGCUUUGGAUAAUUAUUAAUCUGACUGUGGCAAGAGAGGGGAAACUAUGAGAGCAAGCCCUUUUGACGUUGUUGGACCAAGUUGUAGCUUAUGACUAUCUGUACUGUUCUACCUUAUGCUCACCUCUAUCUAAAACAAUGCUACUCUGCAUUCGGAUUUCAAAAGCAGAGCAAGUGUGCUUGUAUGUUUAGGUUAUCAACUCUUAAGUCUUACUGAAGUAGUGAAGUGCAUGCAUCAA